AUGGAUAUUGAUGUAAACAUGGAUAUUCGUGCUUGUACAAUGUUGCGGGAAUUUCACUUGGAUUGUUGGAAAUUUCCUGAGGGUCUUGAUCCUGAAGAUUUCUGUUUGAAUUUUCCUCAUCUUGAAACGUUGUUACUUGGCCCUUACCAGACAUUAAAGCCUAUCAAAAUUUCAGCUCCAACUGAUGCUUCAAAGAAUUUAGAGAGCAGCAAUCUGGUAUUGGUUCCUAAAAUUGAUGAGGUGAAUAGAGAUUGGUUCCACAAACUGAGAAGUCAUCUUGAGAAUUUUAGCAACUAUGAUGCAACAUUGGACUUACGCCUACGUGAUGAGAGGAAGACAAGUCCACGCGAACAUCCAAGGAGCAAGCCAGGUGGUCGAGUUCCAUCACAGCCGUUACAUCAUAUCAAAUAUCAACAGGAAUAUUUGAUGAGAUAUAUAAUUGAUAACUUACUUUGGAUGUCUCAUCCAAACACAUUGACUCUAUCAGUACCGACUAGUUUUGCUGCUCCACUUGCGCAGGAAGUAAGCAAACAGUUGUAUGGUGGACAGAGUUACCUGAUACCUUUGCUGGUGGGAGGUGGCAAGAGUUAGCUGAUACCUGUUGCUGGUGGAAGGUGGCAGGUAUCCCCUGGAAUUAGUCAGGGCGCGCAGAAACUGGCCCGGACAUAGUGUUUAUUAACUAUCUCUGUAGUUUACUCUGGUAUACUUCAAGUUGUGCCUUUGUAUUGUUCUUUCUAGGAAUGAUAAAUAAAUAGAUAUGCUGACCUGAAGAACAACAGAUUCCUACAUUCGUAAUUCCCAAUAAAAGUGACUUUUCUUUGAUCU